AUGCGAAGCACUCUGAAUACGCUGUUGGCCACUUCCGCUCUUUGGACGCUGGGUCGAGGUCAGUCUUCGACAGUCCAAUGCUCGACCACAAUCUCUGCCAGUUAUGCUGCUCCUUCGCUCGCCGAAGGGUAUGUAGCGCGGAUUGUCGCUUCUAACCUUACCAGCCCACGUGGUAUCAAGUUCGACAGUCAGGGUGCCCUCCUUGUUGUUCAGGAAGGAGUUGGAAUAUCAGUCCAUAACAUUGUCGAUGCUGGCAACGACUGUCUGAGCGUGAGCAAUAGCAAAGUCAUUGUCGAGGAUGAUUCCUUGAAUCAUGGUAUUGAGCUCAGCGAGGGUGGCAACACGCUGUAUGCGUCCAAUGCAGAGUCUUUGUAUUCUUGGGAUUAUUCGGCACAGAACCAAGCGACGACAUCUGAUUCACGAACAUUAGUCAAUGGAAUGAAUGGGACUGAUCACUCCUCAAGAACACUUCUGCUAUCACGACAGGUCCCCGGAAUGAUUGUGAUCAACCGCGGCAGUUUUGAGAACAUUGAUGAGCGAGCUUUGAACAUCAGCACAGGAGUCAGCCAAAUCAAGGCAUUCAACCUUUCCAACAUUACAGAUACGCCAUGGGACUAUCCAACGCAGGGGUUGCGGCUUGGAUGGGGACUCCGCAACGAUGUCGGUAUUGCCGAACAUCCUUCUACUGGCGGCAUCUGGUCGGUCGAGAAUUCAGCUGAUCAGCUCAAGCGAGCGGGUGAUGAUAUUCAUGAAGACAAUCCCGCCGAGAAGCUCAACUUUCUAGGAUAUCUCAACGGGACCGCGACGGAAGAGCAAGGAAGAAACUUUGGCUACCCAGAAUGCUUCAGUGCUUGGAAUCCAGAAGCUCUACCCAAUUUUAAUGGGACUGUUGGCGAGCAGUUCGCGAUUGGUGACCUUUCUGCCACAAACAAUGACAGCCUUUGCGCUGAUCGUCAGACACCAAGGCUCAGCUUCCAGGCUCACAUGGCUCCGUUGGAUAUCGUUUUCAACACAGCUGGCUCGGCAGCUUGGAUCUCCUUCCAUGGAAGCUGGAAUAGAGAUGAGCCUGUCGGCUACAAGCUGAGUGUUGUCGAAUUUGCAGGCGGCGAGCCGACAGAAAACAGCUCGUCGACCGUUGCCGCAAAGGACAUCAUGUCCAACCAAGAUCUCAGUGCUUGUCCGUCUGGCUGUUUCAGGCCAGUGGGACUUGCUUGGGACCAGCAGGGACGCCUCUUUAUGUCCAGCGACAGCACCGGCGAGAUCUAUGUGAUCACAAGGUAG